AUGGGUGACAUCCAGCCUCACGACAGCAAGACUGUCGAUGCCAUCGGGCAUCAUGAAGAACGUGCCCACCACAUCGACCCCGUUGACCUGAGCCGCAACGUCGAGGCCAAGAUCAAGAACCCUCUUGAAGGGAUUGGUUACGAACAACUUAUGCACGAUGUCGAGGCCUUCUGCGAAGAGAAGGGUCUCCAGAGUGAAGUUGGUCUCUUCCGUAAGGGAGCCCUGGUAGCACAGGACCCCGAGAACUAUGCGACCAUCGGAGGCACCGAGGCUUUGGACGAAGCCGAAAUCCAGGCGUUGCGCGACGAGGUCGAGCACAAGUGGCGCAUGCCAACGAAGCUGUUCUUGACCAUUGCCACUUGCUCUAUUGGUGCUGCCGUCCAGGGAUGGGACCAGACCGGCACGAACGGCGCCAACAUUUUCUUCCCUGCAGAGUAUGGCAUCGGCUCCGACAGCACUCGGGACACCCUCAUCCUCGGUCUUGUCAACGCCGGCCCUUAUCUCGGAAGCGCUCUGCUCGGCUGCUGGCUUUCUGACCCUCUCAACAACUACUUCGGUCGCCGCGGUGUCAUCUUCUUCUCUGCACAUUUCUGUAUCUGGCCUCUCAUCGGCUCGGCCCUUAGUCACAACUGGCAGCAGCAGUUCGUCAACCGUCUUCUCAUGGGUAUCGGAAUGGGAGCCAAGGCUUCCACCGUGCCCAUUUACGCUGCUGAAAACUCGCCUCCAAGCAUUCGAGGCAUUGCUCUUGGUACCGCUUUCAACCUUGCCGUCUACUACGCCAAGUACAACUGGCGUCUUAUGCUUGGUGCCCCGUUCCUCCCCGCCGUCCCUCUCCUCGUCAUGAUCUACUUCUGCCCCGAGUCUCCCCGUUGGCUCAUGAAGAAGGGCCGCUACGUCGCCGCGUGGAAGGCCAUGAUUCAACUUCGAAACCACCCGAUCCAAUGCGCUCGUGAUAUGUACUCCAUCCACGCGCAGCUGCAGCUUGAGGGACAGGUCCUCAGCAAGAACAACUACGCGACUCGCUUCACACAGCUCUUCACCAUCCCUCGUGUCCGUCGCGCGAACUUGGCUGCCUUUACUGUCAUGAUUGCUCAGCAGAUGUGCGGUAUUAAUAUUAUUGCCUUCUACUCAACCACCAUCUUCAAAGACGCAAACAUGGGCGAUUUCGAAGCCCUACUCGGUUCCUUCGGCUUCGGUAUGGUCAACUGGCUCUUUGCCUUCCCAGCCUUCUGGACCAUCGACACCUUCGGACGAAGAUCUCUUCUGCUGUUCACAUUCCCGCAGAUGACGUGGACCCUCUUAGCAGCCGGUCUCUGCACGCUCAUUGAAGCCGGCACAACCCGCACUGCACUCGUAUCGCUCUUCGUGUACCUAUUUGGCGCCUUUUACUCUCCUGGCGAAGGGCCCGAAGUUUACCCUCUGUCUCACCGUGAGAUGGGCAUGGGCUUCGCCGUGGCCACCUGCCUGUUCUGGGCUGCCAUUCUGGGAAUGACCUUCCCAUUCAUCCUUAAGCGUCUUGGCGUCGUUGGCGCGUUCGGACUGUACGCCGGCUUCAAUGUCGUGGCUUUCUUCAUGAUCCUCUUCUGGGUGCCCGAGACCAAGCAGCGCACCCUCGAGGAGCUUGACUGGGUCUUCGCUCUGCCCACCAGCCGCUUCGCCCGCUACCAGGUCCAGAAGGCCAUCCCUUACUUCAUCAGACGCUGGGUCUUCUUCGACCGCAAGGCCACGCUGGAGCCUCUCUACACUUUUCAGAAGUCCCACCGCGCCGAGAACGUCGUCGAGACGAAGAACAGCUCUGACGGUGAGAAGAAGAGCGAGUAG